CGAUCAGAGGACUAAAAGCCCAAGAAUCCGCGUUUCUCAUCAAAGGGUCCAUGGAGGAGGCGUGAGCAACGCACUCAAGGAACUACAGGCUACAGCCCAACGCACUAACUUUUAAGCCUUCCAGUGCGUUCUCACCGGUCACCUCCCUAAAAAUUCUCCGCACUUUUCCUCGUCUUUUAUUGUUGAGCUCUGACUUACUAUAACAAACACCCAGAAACAGCAUCCAUCCCUAAAUGCUCAGACGAACCCCUAUGGCGUUCAACAAUAAACCCAAGAAACCCAUCUUCUCCUCCCAAUCCAACCUCCAUACCACCCUCUUCUUCGUCUUACUACUCUUCACAAUUCCCGCCUUCUUCCUCCUCCACGCCCCUUCCACUACCCCAUGCUCCGCCUCCCCCAACCUCCCCCACAAAUGGUCCGGUGACCUUCUUAAAGCCGAAUUCGCUUGGAACCGUUUGCAGUUCAUCGACAGCCAACCGCCUCCGGUCACUCUCAAGAUUGCAGUUUUCUCUCGGAAGUGGCCCGCUGGAGCCACGCCUGGUGGGAUGGAACGCCAUGCCCUCACCUUGCAUACCGCUCUAGCCCGUCGAGGACAUCGAAUUCAUGUCUAUACCUCCCCUCCCCAGGAUACCGGCGAGGCCAUCCCAUCUGCUGAUGAGGGUCUCAAUCUUCCCUCAUCAGCAAAUCCUACUGGUUACCCAGAACUCCAUUUCCACGAGGGUGAGCCGGGACAGUGGCGAUACAACUUGGCGUGGUCACAGUUCGAGGCGGAGAACAAGCGCGAACCAUUCGAUGUGGUGCAUUCAGAGAGUGUGGCUCUCCCCCAUUGGUUAGCCCGUAACGUUCCCAACCUUGCAGCAUCCUGGCAUGGGAUCGCCCUUGAGAGCGUACAGUCCGACAUCUACCAGGAUUUGAUGCGGAAGCCCGAUGAGCCCAUGUCACAAGCAUUCAACACCAGGCUUCAAGGGGUACUGCCUAAGGUUUUGAACGAAAUUAGGUUCUUCAAGAGCUACGCUCAUCACGUAGCUAUCAGUGAUAGCUGUGGAGAGAUGCUGAGGGACGUUUACCAGAUCCCAGAUGGAAGGGUCCAUGUGAUUCUCAAUGGUGUGGAUGAAGAAGACUUUGGACUGGAUGUGGGUUUAGGGAAUGAAUUCAGGGCUAAGGUUGGUGUGCCCCAGAAUACCAGUCUGGUACUUGGGGUUGCCGGAAGACUGGUGAAAGACAAGGGUCAUCCUUUGCUUUAUGAAGCCUUCUCUAAGCUGUUAGAGAAGCAUCCCAAUGUCUACCUGAUCGUUGCAGGGUCUGGGCCAUGGGAGCAACGAUACAGGGAACUGGGGUCUCGAGUCAUAGUGCUGGGAUCCAUGCGGCCUGAUGAGCUGAGGGCCUUCUACAACUCCAUCGAUAUCUUUGUGAAUCCCACCCUGCGACCUCAAGGGCUCGAUCUUACUCUGAUGGAAGCAAUGAUGAGCGGGAAGCCUGUGCUGGCAUCAAGGUUCCCUAGCAUCAAAGGGUCAAUAGUCGUCAGAGAAGAAUUUGGGUUCAUGUUCUCGCCAAACGUUGAAUCCUUGCUAAAGUCAUUGGAGGCAGUGGUGGAGGAAGGGUCAGAAAAGCUAGCUUGGAGGGGAAGGGCUUGCAGGGAAUACGCUGCUUCCAUGUUUACAGCACGGAAGAUGGCAUUGGCAUAUGAAAGGUUAUUCCUUUGUAUCAAAAAUGAAACUUUUUGUAAGUAUCCCUUGCAUUUAGAUUAAUAUUUUUUUUUCCUUUUAAGAGACUUGAAUGUUACAGAGAAGAGCUCAGCACCUCAGAGAACUAUAGAUUUUUAGACACAGAAAUUAUUUGAGAGGAAACUGAUGACAAUAUGCAUUCUCUUUUGCUGGCCUAUAUAGAAAUAUGUGAUUGUUGUUCCCGGCUC